AUGUUUCGAGAUCGAGACCAAAGAAAACCACAGUUCGUGUGUGCUACACAGCCAUUGGCAUCAUUUCUAAGUAAAGACUCGGUCUUGUGCUUUGAUGGUGACGCAUACGGAUUAUACUAUCCAUGGCGAGGAGAAGCCAAGAGCUCUGCUAAGGUCAAUCCCAAUUUGAACAAGUACUUAGCUAGUGAGAAUGCCUUUGCCUUGCCUAGUGCUGCAGAACAACGCAGACUAGUGAGACUCUAUCUUGAUCAUCUUUAUCCGUUAUACCCGGUGGUGAGUCGAAAUAUUGAAGAUGACUUCAAGAACCAGCCCAUAAUUCUACUCAAUGCUAUAUUUUUAGCUGCAACCAGAUUCGACACCUCCAUUCACAAAAACCAGCUUCGAGAGCGCCUAGCUGUUCUCUACAACCGGUGCAAAUUACUCGAGUUGAUUGAGACAAACAAGGUUGUGUUGAUCCAAGUUUACAUAUUGCUUUCCACACACGAAGAGGGCAUGGAAGGCGUCACCUCCUCUAAAGAAUUUGUCGCCAAAGCAUGCAAUCUAUGUGGGGAGCUCGCAAUAACAAAUAUGGGAUUCUCGGAAGAGAUCAUUCGAUUUCCAUUUCCAAAAAGUGGACAAAUGUUCCAACGAGAGCUUCUCAAACGACUCUUGUGGACAACCUAUUGUUGUGACAGGCAAAUUUCCGCUACCAGUGGUCGAGAAAUGAUCUUCAACGUUCAUGAUUUCUUCGUGGAGCCAUUGACCGUAGCAGACUUUGAUGAAGGCCCUCACCAAGUAAGUGACUUUAAUGUUUUCUACUCUUGGUAUGAGCUUUGUAUGCUAGUGGAUAGGAUUCAGUCGGCCCUCUACAGACCACCAUCAAACAGAACACAAGACGAUGCAUUACAAAAAGACCUCGAAAACUGGUCCCCUCAUGAAAUUAAACAUGACGCAGAGAAGUUGGGCUUCCUAAAAAUUACGCAUGCUUAUCUUUGCUUACUUUACUUACGAAAGGGUAUUGAUUCCGUGGCCCUCCUGCUUCACAACACCGCAAUGUCAAUUGCAUUCGACGAACAGCUAGUAUUGACGAUCGAUCAGAUCCAUCAAACAUCAGCCUUGGUUCUUGAUACUCUUGAUCUGUCACCUGUGCUACACCAUAUAGUCAUGGUGCACGCCGUGCUUCAUGUUGUUGCUCUUCUACAGCUCGAAUUGAAUACUCAUUAUGGAUCAGAAGCUCAAAAGACAUCAUUUAAGGAGUAUUAUGAUCAAAUGUCCCAACGGUGUCUUCAAAAACUCAAGUAUUUCAAAGACUACUGGUGGUUUGCGGGAUCUGCUUUAAAGCUCUGUGAAGCGAUAACACAAAAUUGA